AGUUCCAGUAAUUAAGCUUAAUUGGCCCAGGACUACUGAUCAAGCAAGAAUGGUGAAGAUAGCUUUUGGGAGUCUUGGUGACUCUUUCAGUGCUGGCUCUCUCAAGGCUUAUUUAUCUGAGUUCAUUGCCACUCUUCUUUUUGUGUUUGCUGGUGUUGGAUCGGCUAUCGCUUACAGUAAGCUCACAACAGAUGCAGCCUUAGACCCACCUGGCCUAGUGGCGGUUGCUGUGGCUCAUGCAUUUGCACUGUUUGUGGGAGUCUCCAUAGCAGCCAACAUUUCCGGUGGCCAUUUAAAUCCAGCUGUCACCUUUGGACUGGCCAUUGGAGGCAACAUCACCAUCCUUACUGGCCUUUUAUAUUGGAUUGCUCAAUGCCUCGGCUCCAUUGCCGCCUGCCUCCUCCUCAAAGUCACUACAAGCGCUGAGAGCAUCCCAACUCAUGGGGUCGCUUCAGGGAUGAGUGCUGUUGAAGGAGUGGUGAUGGAGAUUGUCAUAACCUUUGCCCUUGUCUACACAGUCUAUGCCACCGCCGCAGAUCCCAAAAAGGGCUCCAUUGGAAUUAUAGCACCCAUUGCAAUUGGGUUCAUUGUUGGUGCUAACAUCCUUGCUGCUGGCCCGUUCAGUGGCGGCUCAAUGAACCCAGCUCGCUCAUUUGGCCCAGCUGUUGUUAGCGGAGACUUCUCACAGAACUGGAUCUACUGGUUAGGUCCACUCAUUGGAGGUGGAUUGGCUGGGCUUGUUUAUGGAGAUAUUUUCAUUGGGUCUUAUACCGCUGCCCCAGUUUCCGAAGACUAUGCCUAAAGGUUGCAUAGGCUUGCUUUGUGUUGACUUGUGAAUUGUACUCUUUUUUUUU